AUGAAGAAGGAGGUGUGCUCCGUGGCCUUCGCCAAGGCCGUGUUCGCCGAGUUCCUGGCCACUCUCAUCUUCGUCUUCUUCGGCCUCGGCUCGGCCCUCAAGUGGCCCUCGGCUCUGCCCACCAUCCUGCAGAUCUCUCUGGCUUUCGGCCUGGCCAUCGGCACCCUGGCCCAGGCCCUGGGGCCUGUGAGCGGGGGCCACAUCAACCCCGCCAUCACGCUCGCCCUCCUAGUGGGAAACCAGAUCUCGCUGCUCCGUGCCGUCUUCUACGUGGUGGCCCAGCUGGUGGGUGCCAUUGCUGGGGCCGGCAUCCUGUAUGGGCUGGCUCCGCUCAAUGCCCGGGGCAACCUGGCCGUCAAUGCGCUCAACAACAACAUAACUCCAGGCCAGGCAGUGGCGGUGGAGCUAAUCUUGACCUUCCAGCUGGCACUCUGCAUCUUCUCAACCACUGACACUCGCCGUACCAGCCCAGUGGGCUCUCCAUCCCUGUCCAUUGGCUUGUCCGUUACACUGGGCCACCUUGUGGGGAUUUACUUCACUGGCUGCUCCAUGAACCCAGCUCGCUCUUUUGGCCCUGCAGUGGUCAUGAAGCGGUUCAGUCCAGCUCACUGGGUCUUCUGGGUGGGGCCCAUCGUGGGAGCUGUCCUGGCCGCCAUUCUCUACUUCUACCUGCUCUUCCCCAACUCCCUGAACCUAAGUGAACGUGUGGCUAUCGUGAAGGGCACAUAUGAGCCCGAGGAGGACUGGGAGGAGCAGCGGGAGGAGCGGAAGAAGACCAUGGAGCUGACUGCCCACUGAGCAGCAUCAGACAAGGGCCAGUUUCUCAGCCUCUAAACUACAGGGAAGAAAAGA